UUUGCAACUGCAGUAGUACGAGUAUAUAGUCCAUACUUCAGGCAAAACUCGUCCGCCGCACGGCAUUUGACGUCGCGACACCGUAGCAGUAGCCCGCCAACAUAUCGCAGGUGCAUCAAAGCAGUGCGGCAACUAACGAAUUUUGAAAAUGUCCAUCUCAGAAUUCCGGCGGAAGAAGCUCCUUUACGUUUUCAACGUAUUUUUCGAUGUGAAUCAAAGUGGAACAAUAGAAAGAAAAGACUUCGAACUGGCGAUAGAGAAAAUCUGCAGUCUCCGCGGAUGGAAGCCAGGUGACUCAAAAAAUAGCGAAACACAUGAGAUUAUGAUCAAGAUUUGGGAUGGUCUACGAAAGAGAGCUGACUCCAACAAGGAUGGACAGGUAUCAGUAGAAGAAUGGGUAUCGAUGUGGAACGACUACGCACACAACCCAUCAGCGGCACUGCAGUGGCAGCAGCAAUACUGCCACUUCAUGUUCCAACUAGAGGACGCCAGUGCAGACGGGUCCAUAGACUCGGACGAGUUCACCACCGUUUGCUCAUCCUACGGCAUCGACCCGCAGGAGUGUAAAGUGGCUUUCAACAAAAUGGCCAAGGGCAAAAGCAGCGUCUCCUGGGAAGAAUUCCAGGAACUAUGGAAGGAGUAUUUCUCCACUGAGGACCCGACAGCCGCCGGCAAUUUCAUAUUCGGCAGAACUAGCUUCUAAGCAAACAGGCAUGUUGUUGACAUCAAAACUUUCAGGAGCCGAUCGAAACGGCCGAAAGGAUAUCGAACGGAGAACCGUCUCAAUACAUUCCAUUGAUAAUAUUAGAUUUAUGGAUCAGCAAAAUUGGCUUCAAAUGAGGCCUUCUAUGGGCGCCCGCCGACUCACAGUUCCGUGGAAUCGCGCAUUCAGUUUCUACAAAGCUUCGGCUCGGAGUGUGCGUUGGUGUUGUAACAAUCGAUUGUAAAUUAAUCGACAGUAUUCAAUUAAAUCAAAAUAUCCAUUGGCCUUUCAAUAAUAUCUUUCAUAUCGAUACGAGUAGUAUCGAUUUAAAAUUGUACGAAUUUUAAUCGUUUGUAAUCUAAUAAUCGUAUAUAAGCCUAUUUGAUAAUAUUAAUUAUAGUCCAAGCAAGAUUAUCGAUUAAUUUCUAUAUAAUCGUUAGUACUAUACAAAUACAUUAAUCGAUAGUAUAUUACCUAAUUAUAACCGAUUAUAUCGUAUUAUAUCGAUUCAAUAAACGAUUAUUAGAUUAUCUACGGUACCAAUGGAACUAUCGAUUAAGAAUCGACAUCCAAUACUAGUGUACGAGAGCUAACAUGUCAAUAUCUGAUUCCUUUGUGUGUCUGUCUGUGUUCAGAAUAGUGGUAAUUCUUAAACAUUUCUCUUGAAUAGCGAUACAGUAAUUUAAUGGUCACUUUACUCACUUCUUUUUAAAUCUUGAAGCUCAAGCGAAUAUUAGUGUUUCGAGUUACUAGGAUCUAAUCUUAUGACAACGAAUGAAUUAUUCACUAUUUUCAUCAUUAUUAGCAUAUCUUGUAGUCAUAUCUAAUAUAAAUUCUUCUCAUAUAAUACUUCACCGAAAUGUUACCCGAAUUAUAUAAGAUUUAAAUAUUUAUAAUAAUAUGUAUGAAAGUUAUUUUGUUUUGUAUAAUAUAUAAAUGAUUCUUAACAUUGUUCUUAAUAAGGAUUACGAAAUAAAUUCACGGGAUAUAGUGUUACAUAUAUAACACUAUGUAUGUUACAAUUAAAACUUAAACGGUCAAAAUUCACUUUAAAAAAUACAACAAUCAUAAAUAAGCACUUUUGACCUGUCAAUUGUAGUCAAAAAUAUAUUUGACCAAUUGAGAAAUUUGACUGUAACGUAUGAAUUUACCGUCUUAUUCAUAAAAAAUAAUACCAUUAAAUUAAAUGUUGUGCUAAAACCCAUUUACCUUUUACAAUGUCACUUUUAAAUUGAGAAUUUAAUACAAAUGUCAAAUGAUUUCAAUAGCUCAAACAGAAAAUGACAUUUGACUUCUUUUUUUAAUGAAUGAGGCGAUAAAAUAAUACAUAUACGUAAACCUGAAUAAGUCCGAUUGUAUGUUACAUUUCUACUGCGGUUAUACUUAUAUAAAUUCUAGUCAUUUCAUGCGUUUUUAAAUGUUAUUUAUAAAAUUAUAUAAUUCAUGUUUUUGUGUCGAUAUAAGAAUUUUUACAUGUUACGUUGCUGUAUCAAAAUGAUUAUAGCAUUAUAGAAAUCUAUUAAAUGUAUGUAAAUAUA